AGAACGAGUAGUCUGUUUCUUACGAAGGGCACUUAGGCCAAAACGAAGAACGGAAAAAAUAAGAAGACAUGGACAUCAACGACCACGCAUACACGAGCACCACUUAUGAUAAACACAGCCACGUGGAGUUCACAUAUAAAAUGAGUGUCAGUGAAGUGGAAGACUUUGUGAAGCUGAGGGUUUCAAAUAAUUACCUCUUCUCUGGAAGGAGAAACACCUCCAUGUGGGCGUGGAGAGCCAUCCUGAAACAUAUGGGCUUGCAACACAAGAUGACCCACAGUCAAGCAUCCAAAAAGUGGGAGAACUUGAAGAAGAGAUACAAGGGGCUAAAGAACCCGUCAGAUGGAAUGAAAGUGUUCCCCGACGCGUGGCCGUAUUUCAAUCUGAUGGACGACGCCAUGGAGGGUCGGCUGGAAGGAAACGCCACCAUCCUCAAGGCUUUCCCCACCAACCGCGAUUUCCCACCCAUCUCCAAACCCAAGAGGAGGAAGGUUUCCAUGGAGAUAAACUCCCCUACGGCUUCGUUAGCAGGCGGACCAGAGAUCGAGGUUUCCCUCAACGGAGAUGAAGAUGAGGAGGCGGUGCGGGAGGGAAGCCAGGAGAUAGAUCACGCCAUGCAAGAGUUGGCGCACGGCAGGGACAUGCUGGACGGCGAAAGGCAGGUGAUGGAGAGGGAGAAACGGGUGAUGGGGAGGGAGAAACAGGUGGUGGAAAGGGAGAAGCAGGUGGUGGAAAGGGAGCGGCAGGUGCUGCAGAGGGAGAGAGCGGCGCUGGACAGGGAGGUCGCCGCUCUGGACCGAGACAGAGCCUCGCUGGAGAGAGAAAAGGUGGUGGUGGAGAGGGAGAGGGCGCUGGUGGAGAGGGGCAGAGAUGCAGUGAGCAGGGACCGGCUGGCUCUGGAGAGAGAGAGAGCCAGGCUGGACGGACUUUCUGCAAACAAAGAGAGGACUGAGGAGGUCACAGAGGACGGCGGCAAAGCGAAAGACUCGGGAAAGAAGGAGGAGUUCCUCAACUUGUUUGAAAAACUUAUAGAACAUUUUUGAAAAAACUGAUUUUUGAGCAGUUUUCCCACCUUGGCUGCAUCAGUUUAACAUGCACAUACGUCACCCACAAGGCGUCAAUGAAAACUUUGAGCCACUCCUAGUUUGGAGAGGUCUUCACAACAACUUUAUUCACUUGUGGUUAUUCCAUACAGAGCACACAAUAGCAAGCCAUUAGCAUUAUUCUUAACCCCAUCCACAAUCAAAAUCAACAACCCCCCCGUCCCAAAUCAAACAAUAGUCUUUAUUUGGCGAACUCUAGACAUUAGAGUCUUUGGUAUUGGCUAUUGUGCACGGUGAAAACAUCACUUUUUGAAAUGUUGUUUACCAAAUAUUGCAGUUCAUGUAAAAAAUGUUUUUCAGAAUAUAUAUUUUUAUAUUACAGUACAGACUUUACAACAAAUGAUUGUGUUUAAAUGCGUCUUUUAUUGCAUUAGAUAAUCAAUUUACCUUCCAUUAAGCUCCAGCUUCAAUAAGUUUAUGCUAGUAUACAUUUCCAAACGUGUUAAGAUUUGUCAAUAAUAUUAAUAUUAUUAUUUUUACAAAAACAAACAUUUAAACAAUAUUACAGGUUGUAUUUUAUUUCUUUUGCCAGUCAUGAACAGACACUUAACAGACACAUAC